AUGUUCAUCAGCGUCCUCCCCUAUCAUCCAUACCAAAGCUCACUCUAUAACCGUUCACCACAGGGCAAAGUCGCCGAGUUGCGCCAGGAACUCAACAGCGGAGGAAAGAAGGACAAGAACCACUCGGCAAAGAAAAUCGCCCUGAAAAAGAUUGUCGCAAACAUGACCAUGAGCAAUAAUGAUAUGGUUGGCUUGUUCCCGGAUGUCAUUGCCUGCAUGACGAUUCCGAGUUUGGAGAUCAAGAAGAUGUGCUUUCUAUACUUGGUCAAUUAUGCGAGGGUGAAGCCGGAAAUUGCGCUCAAAGCGUUGCCAAUUUUGGUUGAUGAUAUGGACGACCACAACCCGCUAGUUCGCGCUCUUGCUCUUAGGACGAUAUCAUAUAUUCACGUUCGAGAAUUCGUGGAGGCGACUGUACAACCUGUGAAACACUUGAUGGUCGAUAUUGACCCCUACGUCCGGAAAACUGCCGCUUUCUGUGUCGCCAAGCUGUACGAUCAUCACAAGAAAAUGGUUGAAAGCUCGGACUUGAUUGACCGGCUGAAUAAAAUGUUGAAAGACGAGAACCCUACCGUUGUGUCUAGUGUAUUAGCCGCUUUGGUGGAUAUCUGGGAGCGCAGUGAGUCUAUCUCAUUGACGAUAGAUUAUGCCAGUGCGUCGAAAGUGGUGUCUGUUCUAGCAGACUGUUCAGAAUGGGGUCAAACAUACAUAUUAGAGUCUCUCAUGGCCUAUGUGCCUAAAGAUUCUGGCGAAGCUCUACUCUUAGCCGAACGUAUCUCACCUCGUCUAUCACACUCCAACUCUGCAGUUGUUCUGACUUCGAUCCGGGUCAUUCUCUAUCUCAUGAACUAUAUCAGUGACGAGAAACAAGUCACUGCUCUGUCAAAAAAGCUGUCACCGCCGCUAGUCACGCUGUUGUCAAAACCUCCUGAAGUGCAAUACCUUGCUUUACGAAACGCCAUAUUGAUUCUGCAGAAACGCCCCGAGGUUCUUCGAAAUGAUAUCCGUGUCUUUUUCUGCAAAUAUAAUGACCCAAUUUAUGUCAAAGUCACGAAGUUGGAGUUGAUUUUUAUGCUUGCAUCAAAGGAGAAUAUUGGUGUCGUCUUGGCUGAAUUGCGAGAAUAUGCGUCAGAAAUUGAUGUGCAUUUUGUGCGGAAGGCUGUCCGAGCCAUCGGUAAACUGGCUAUCAAGAUUGAGUCUGCCGCACGACAAUGUAUCGACACUUUAUUGGAACUCGUACAUGCCAAGGUCCCUUACAUCGUCCAAGAAGCUACAGUCGUGAUUCGCAACAUAUUCCGCAAAUACCCCAACCAAUACGAAGGUAUCAUUGGAGCAGUCAUUCAAAAUAUUGACGAACUCGAUGAGCCUGAGGCCAAAGCAGCAAUCAUCUGGAUCAUUGGGCAGUAUGCGGACCGCAUCGAAAAUUCGGAUGGUUUACUUCAGGACUACUUAGCAACGUUCCACGACGAGCCUAUCGAAGUACAGCUCGCGUUGCUCACAGCGACCGUGAAACUGUUCAUCCAACGGCCCACAAAAGGUCAACAACUAGUCCCCGAAGUCCUGAAAUGGUGCACCGAGGACACUGACGACCCCGACCUCCGUGACCGAGGAUACAUGUACUGGCGUCUUCUAUCAACGGAUCCAGCUGCAGCUAAGGAGGUAGUAAUGGGCGAGAAGCCCCCUAUCACAGCCGAAAGCGAGAAACUAGAACCCAACACACUGGAAGAGCUCUGUCUGAAUGUGGGCACAUUAGCAACCGUCUACCUCAAACCUGUCCAACAAGUGUUCCGUUCGGCACGACCAAAACGGCUCGGCGAUAGCCCUGCACUCGUCAAACGACCGGGUAUGGCCGAAUUGCAAAAAGGAGGCUCAUUCCCAUACGACGCUACAUCAGCCGGAUUAACAGCCGUCAUCCCACCAACCUCAACUGCUCCUGCCCCUGCACAAUCGAACGGGAACGCAGGCGACCUCUCUGCCGCCGUCCAUGCUGCAGACGCUUACUUCAGUAACGUCGCGUCUCAGCAAAUGGCGAAUCUCGACCUGGGCGGACGAGAUGAUAACGGGCUAGGCGGGUUAGGCGGAACAGGCCAGAUGACGCAGUACGUGGUGAAUCAAAAUCAGCAACAGAUUUAUCAGCCGCAGGGGGCGGGUGGUGCUGCUACGGGGGAGUUGCUUUUGCUGUAA